GGUAGCAGUCCGGCGGCAGCAGACAACUAUCGUGGCGGCCAAAAAAAUGCUACUGGGUCGAGGGGCCCCGGCGGGCUCUGGGCCACCAGGCGUCGGGCUGUCCCGGCUAGGCAACGUUCCACAGGCCUUCGGUAUCCGCUUGAGCACGAUGAGUCCCCGCUACCUACAGAGCAACUCCAGCAGCCACACGCGACCCUUCAGUGCCAUCGCGGAGCUGCUAGAUAAUGCUGUAGAUCCAGAUGUAUCGGCCAGGACAGUCUUCAUAGAUGUUGAAGAAGUCAAGAGUAAAUCUUGUUUGACCUUUACUGAUGAUGGAUGUGGGAUGACACCUCACAAACUCCACCGAAUGCUCAGCUUUGGCUUUACAGAUAAAGUAAUAAAGAAGAGCCAGUGUCCCAUCGGUGUCUUUGGCAAUGGUUUCAAGUCAGGUUCCAUGCGUCUAGGAAAAGAUGCUCUUGUCUUCACCAAGAAUGGGAGUACUCUCACUGUUGGACUCCUAUCACAGACCUACCUGGAAUGUGUCCAUGCACAGGCGGUUAUUGUACCAAUUGUUCCAUACAGUCAGCAAAACAAAAAAAUGAUUAUUACUGAGGAUUCCUUGCCUAGCUUGGAAGCCAUCUUGAACUAUUCAAUUUUCAACAAUGAAAAUGAUCUACUGGCCCAGUUUGAUGCCAUCCCAGGCAAAAAAGGAACUCGUGUUCUCAUUUGGAACGUCCGCAGAAACAAAGAUGGAAAGUCUGAGUUGGACUUUGAAACAGAUCAGUAUGACAUCCUGGUAUCAGACUUUGAUGCUGAAGAAAAAGAGGCUGAUGAUUUUACCUGCAAGCUGCCAGAAACAGAGUAUUCUUUACGGGCAUAUUGUAGUAUUCUGUAUAUGAAGCCACGGAUGAAAAUCUUUCUGCGUCAGAAGAAGGUGACUACCCAGAUGAUUGCCAAGAGCCUGGCAAAUGUCGGAUAUGAUAUAUAUAAACCUACCUACACAAAUAAACAGGUGAGAAUCACUUUUGGAUUCUCUUGCAAAAGUAACAACCAGUUUGGAGUGAUGAUGUACCAUAACAACCGGCUCAUAAAGUCCUUUGAGAAGGUGGGAUGCCAGAUAAAGCCAACUCAUGGAGAAGGUGUGGGAGUAAUUGGAGUCAUUGAGUGUAAUUUCCUAAAACCUGUCUAUAACAAACAAGACUUUGAGUACAACAAGGAGUACAGAUCAACAAUAAGUGCCCUUGCUCAGAAGCUGAAUGCUUAUUGGAAGGAAAAGACAUCUGAAGGGAAUUUUGAGUUCUUCCCUAUAGCCAGAAUAGUACCGAAGAUUCCUGACCAGACAUGGGUACAGUGUGAUGAAUGUCUUAAAUGGAGGAAGCUUCCUGGCAAGGUUGAUCCCUCUACAUUACCCAUAAGAUGGUUUUGUUACUAUAAUCCUCAUCCAAACUACAGGAGAUGCUCUGUUCCAGAAGAACAAGAACUCAUUGAUGAAGACCUAUACCUGAGCAAAGCUAAGCAACAAGCUCAAACUAUUGAGAAGAAGAAGAAGCCUAUGGAAAAUAUACACCAACAGGUAUUUAGCAAUCCACCAAAGAUUCCUCCUGUUCAAGAUAUGGCUGGAUUUAAUGCCAAGAUAACUGGAUUUGAGAGAAUGGAUAGUCCUCGCCUACUUCUAACUGCUGAAGAUGAAAGCAGAUUACCUGCUCUUCAACUUAAACCUCUGGAUCCAAGUGUUUUUCAUUUUUCCAGUAAGUACAAAUGGAACCCAGGUGAAGAACCUUUGGAGAAACGAAGAAGGUUCCAGAAUGAGAUGGCAUUAUGGCCUCUUGAUUAUUCUUUGCAUGGUUCUUACAAGAGAGCAGAGGCAGCUCUUGGCUACCCAGAAGGGGAAAACAGCCAUGAAAAAUCUAGUUCUGAAAGAAGUACACCACCAUACCUUUUCCCAGAAUACCCUGAAAUAAGCAAGAAUACAGGGCAGAACAGGGAAGCUUCAGUUGGGUAUCCAGGAUCCCAAUACCAACACCAGGGGUCCCUGAUCCCAGAAGAAUUAGAAGUUCAGAUGCCAAGAUUGGUAGCAGAAGAAUCCAACAGAGGGAGCGUGAACAUAAACAAAGAAGAAGUAAAGAAGGGACCUUUUGUAGCUGUUGUUGGUGUUGCAAAAGGAGUUCAAGAUUCAGGAGCUCCCAUUCAGCUUGUCCCUUUUAAUAGAGGGGAGUUGCCUGAGAAAAGAAAAGCAGCAGAAUCCUGGAAUGUAGCACCCUGUUCUGCUGCUGUCCCUGCCACAGCUGUCAGGGAGAAAGGAAGAAGCUAUGAGGAGAGUGGAGGUCGCAAUAUGCCAAAGAUGAAGAACCAGAGAGAGCUUGAAGAAUUGAAGAGAACCACCGAAGAACUUGAACGUGUUUUGGCUGAAAGGAAUUUGUUCCAGCAAAAGGUGGAGGCUCUGGAACAGGAAAAGAAUCACUGGCAUUCUGAAUACAAGAAAGUUCAAAGCGAAUUGGUAAACUAUAAUACCCAGGAAACAGAAGGCUUGUACUGGAGCAAGAAACACAUGGGCUAUCGCCAAGCAGAACUCCAGAUUCUGAAAGCUGAGCUGGAAAGAACCAAAGAGGAAAAGCAAGAAUUAAAAGAGAAACUGAAGGAGACAGAGACACACUUGGAAGAACUACAGAAGGCUCAGGUCUCCUACCGGACCCCAGAGGGAGAUGACCUAGAAAGGGCUUUGGCAAAGCUUACGCGGCUGCGUGUCCACGUCAGCUGUCUCCUUACUUCUGUUCUCCCUCACUUGGAGCUUCGUGAGAUCGGGUAUGACUCAGAGCAAGUGGAUGGGAUCCUGUACACGGUGCUGGAGGCAAAUCACAUACUGGACUGAGCACCACACUAUAUACACUCUCCUCUAGCCUUCUCUUUUCAGCCUGUAUAAUACUCUGUUCUCCCUUCCUCUUCCAUUGUCUCCCAUUCUUCACCCUCCUUCUCUCUCCCUCCCUUCUUUCCACUGGUGUCCUCCCUCUUACCUUUAUGCCUUAUAUAGAGAGUCUGAGUAAAUCUAGGCUCUUAAUCCAUCUGCUUUUCAGUCUUAUUUUUGUGUGGAGAAAGAGGACAGUUAAAUAGUUUCUCAGGAGUCCAGGAAUAGAAAGUCAGUAGCCACCAUGUUAGGUGACCAGAAAACUUUAAUUUUCAUGGCCUAGAUACUUGGCCUAUUUCAUGUCCUUUCCAAAAUGGUUUAUAUUCAUUUAGGUGAAAUCAGUCAGCCAAUACGGCGUUCAAUGUACCUGGUGUUUUGGAAUAAGCUAAGAAGUAUAACUCACGGUUUCAGCCUGCCAAAGUUCUGAAAGUCUAGUUGGAAACACAAGACGCAUCAAGUUAACUAUCCGCAGAGUUGCAUGGGAUGUCCAAGUGAGUUUUAGAAACAUGGCAGAGAAGAUCUGGAGGAGGAAGUGGAAGUUCAAGGAAAGCAUCACACCAAACUUGGGACCGAAACUAAAGUUUAAAGAAUAAGCAUACCACGCUGUUAAUGAUGGAUGUUUCUUAGGUGCUAGGACUAUGGUUGAUAAUUUUCUUGUUCCUGUCUUCUUGCCUUUUUCAAAUUUUCUAUAACACACUUGUUAUUCUUCUUAUGUUGGCAAAAAUAAAAGAGUUUUUA